GCACCAACCCCAGCUCUGUCCCAUACCAGGAAGUGCUGGGUGGGGGGUAGAGGAGCAAAGUUGACACCGAAGCCAGGAUGGUGGUGCAUUCGUUGAGACUUCAGGACCUAAUCGAAGAGAUUCGCGGGGCCAAGACGCAGGCCCAGGAACGGGAGGUGAUCCAGAAGGAGUGCGCCCAAAUUCGGGCCUCCUUCCGCGAUGGGGAUCCCCUGCAGAGGCAUCGCCAGCUGGCCAAACUGCUCUACGUCCAUAUGUUGGGCUACCCCGCCCACUUUGGACAGGUUCUCUAUAGCCCGGACUGGGAACUCGAGAAAACCCUGCCUCCGUUUCAGUGUAGGGAUUUUCAGAUGGAGUGCCUGAAACUGAUCGCCUCCCCCAGAUUCACAGACAAGAGGGUGGGCUACCUUGGGGCCAUGCUUCUAUUGGAUGAGAGGCACGAUUCCCAUCUGCUCAUUACCAACAGCAUCAAGAAUGACCUGAGCCAAGGGAACCAGCCAGUUCAAGGCCUGGCCCUGUGUACUCUGAGUACCAUGGGCUCUGCUGAGAUGUGCCGGGACCUAGCCCCGGAGGUGGAAAAGCUGCUUCUGCAGCCCAGCCCCUAUGUGCGGAAGAAGGCUAUUUUGACUGCAGUGCACAUGAUCCGGAAGGACCCUGAGCUCUCCGGCAUCUUCCUCCCACCUUGUACCAAACUGCUUCGUGAGCGUCAUCAUGGCAUCCAGCUGGGCACAGUCACGCUGAUCACGGAGCUCUGUGAAAGAAACCCUGCAGCCCUCAGGCACUUUCGCAAGGUAGUGCCGCAGCUGGUACAGAUCCUCCGGACUCUGGUGACUACAGGAUACUCCACGGAGCACAGCAUCUCUGGAGUCAGCGACCCCUUCUUGCAGGUCCAGAUACUCCGCCUACUUCGGAUCCUGGGACGGAACCAUGAAGAAAGUAGCGAGACCAUGAACGACUUGCUGGCCCAGGUCGCCACCAACACAGACACCAGCCGAAAUGCAGGCAACGCUGUCCUGUUGGAAACAGUGCUUACCAUCAUGGCCAUCCACUCUGCCGUCGGCCUCCGGGUUCUAGCUGUUAACAUUCUUGGUCGUUUCUUGCUCAACAAUGACAAGAAUAUUAGGUAUGUGGCUCUGACAUCAUUGCUGCAGCUGGUGCAGUCUGACCACAGUGCUGUACAACGUCACCGGUCCACUGUGGUGGAGUGUCUACAGGAAACGGACGCCUCCCUUAGCAGGCGGGCCCUGGAGCUGAGCCUGGCUCUGGUGAACAGCUCCAAUGUACGAGCCAUGAUGCAGGAGCUGCAGGCCUUUCUAGAGUCCUGCCCCCCUGAUCUUCGGGCUGAUUGUGCCUCAGGCAUUCUGUUGGCUGCCGAGAGGUUUGCUCCCAGCAAGCGAUGGCACAUAGACACCAUCCUGCACGUGCUGACCACGGCAGGAGCCCAUGUGAGGGAUGAUGCAGUGGCCAACCUGACCCAGCUGAUUGGAGAGGCCGAGGAGCUGCAUACCUACUCUGUGCGCCGCCUCUACAGUGCCUUAGCAGAGGAUAUCUCCCAGCAACCACUGGUUCAGGUGGCAGCCUGGUGCAUUGGCGAGUAUGGGGACCUCCUGCUGGAAGGUAACUGUGAGGAGACGGAGCCUUUUCAGGUGGAAGAAGAGGAUGUGCUAGCACUGUUGGAAAAGGUGCUGCAGUCCCAUAUGUCCCUGCCAGCCACUCGGGGCUACGCCAUCACAGCCCUCAUGAAGCUGAGCACCCGGCUCCGGGGAGACAACAAUCGUAUCCGCCAGGUGGUGUCCAUCUAUGGGAGCUGUGUGGACUUAGAGCUGCAACAGCGGGCUGUGGAGUAUAACACACUCUUCCAGAAGUACGACCACAUGAGAGCCGCCAUCCUAGAAAAGAUGCCUCUUGUAGAGCGCCGUGACCCCCACGUUAAAGAGGGAGGGAAGGAGAAGCAAACGGAAGCCCAGCUCUUGGAAGUGACAGCCCCUGCCCCCACAGAACCCCAGGCCACCAAACUCUUAGAUCUACUGGAUCUCCUGGGUGACACUUCAGAGCCUCUCUCUUCUGGGCAUGCCCAGUAUCUUCCUCCUCAGGCUCCUUCCCCAGGGGAAACCUUAAUUCAUCUCCUCGACCUUCCCUGUGCACCACCACCCCCAGCUCCCAUCCCCAGUGUCAGAGUGUUUGAGCGUGAGGGCCUACAGCUGGAUCUUUCUUUCAUGCGGCCCUUGGAAACCCCUGCUUUGCUCUUGGUCACUGCCACCACCACCAACUCCUCAAAGGAGGAUGUUACCCACUUCGUUUGCCAGGCAGCUGUGCCCAAGAGUUUCCAGCUGCAGUUACAGGCCCCCAGUGGGAACACAAUUCCAGCUCGGGGUGAUCUUCCCAUCACCCAGGUCUUCAGAAUCCUCAAUCCUAACAAGGCACCUUUGCGACUUAAGCUGCGCCUCACCUACAACCACUCUGGCCAGCCAGUACAGGAGAUCUUUGAGGUGGAUAACUUGCCUGUGGAGACGUGGCAGUAACCGACUGUGGUCAGUGUCUGGCCUGGGUGUCUCCAGGCUCCUGCUGUCUUAUUCAAGGAACAGAAAUAAAGACCCACGUAAAUGGCGAAGUAACAAGGAAACUUUAUUUAAAAGCAAAGUGAGCGUACAAAUUAGAAAUGCUCUGUAAACGGGUGAUGACCACAGUCUUAAGGGCCCAGGGUAGUUGCCCGGUGUUCCUUUAAUAAAGUCUCAGGGAACGGA